UCACUGGAGAUUUUCGAGAACUGUCUGCAGGCAAUUCUGUGCAAUGUCCUCUAGGACGACCCUGCUUGAGCAGGGAGAUUGGACCACGUGACCCACUGUGGUCCCUUCCAACCUGACCCAUUCUGUGAUCAUCCAUGAGGAGCCACUAUCAAAAGGCCAGAUCCUCUCUUCCUCCUUUUGCAAAGCUCUGCUUCUUAUUCAUGAAUGUUAUUCUUGCAUAAUAAUAAUUCAAAUAGAAAGAUCUUGCACAUGCAAACAUUCUUUCAGGCACUUGUGGAUCCCACACUCCAAGACCCUAUUAAUGUAGAUAACUAUAUUAUCUAAAAUACUUCACAGUUAUGCUUCAGGAACCAAACUAUUUAUUGUAGAACUUUGGCGCUCCAGAGUCACUAAAACCUGAAAGUCCUUUGCCCACAACUAAAAGUGUAGUAGAUGAUUAUAUUUUCAUCAGGUAAUUCUAGAAGCUAUGGAUAUACUCUUCAGAAUAAGAGGAGGCUUGGAUCUUGCAUUUCAGCUAGCAACUACUGAUGAGGCAUCAACAAAAAAGGCAUUAGGAUAUGUUUUCAGUGAUCUUGCAAACAAAUUGUCCUCAGAGGUUCUUGUAUUAAGAAUUUGCCACAGUUCAGUGUAUGUGUGGCCUAACAAUGGUAUGACCACAGUUCCAGAUCUGACUGAUGAGUCUGCAUGUAAGGAGAUAACACGAUUUAUCCAAUUUGAUCAAGAUGACGAGACCAAACGAAAGCCUGGCAAAAAGAAGGAUAAGAAGUUACAAGAUACGCAGCAGAUAGUCAAUGUAGACCUCAUGUUGGAAAUGACAUCUUCUUUAGCUGCUUUGGCUCCAAUCAUUGAAAGGGAAAAUAAGGAACACCACUACAUAAAUAUGACAUUACCAGUUGAUGUUGUUGUAUCUGUUUCUCCAGAAGAAACGUGGGGAAAGGUACAAAAUCUCCUGGUGAAAGCAAUUCAUGGGCAAUUAGAUGACAUGGAAAGAUGUAUCAUGAAAUACGUGAAAGGAACAUCAAUUGUGGUACCAGAACAAUUUCACUUCAUGUUACCAGGAAAAAAUCAUCUUGUAACAAUCUCAUAUCCUACAGGUAUUUCAGAUGAUCAACUGGAAAGUUAUAGAAAGGAAUUGCAUGGGUUAUACAAUCUGCCUUGUGACAGACCAUAUUUCAAGAGAGCAAAUGCUUAUCAUUUUCCAGAUGAACCUUAUAAAGAUGGAUAUCUCAGAAAUCCACACUUACAUCUUAAUUCGCCUGGUAUGGAGCCUGGUAUGGUUUAUUUAGUACAUGGUGUGUAUAGUUAUCACCACUAUAUGCAGGAUGGGACUGAUGACAGUGGUUGGGGCUGUGCCUAUAGGUCUUUGCAGACAAUCUGCUCUUGGUUCAAGCACCAAGGUUACAUUGACAGACCUAUACCAACACACAAGGAAAUUCAACAGGCACUGGUUGAUGCUGGAGACAAGCCUGCAGCAUUUGUUGGAUCACGGCAAUGGAUUGGUUCAAUUGAGGUACAGCUUGUUCUGAAUCAGCUUUUUGGAAUAACAUCCAAAAUAUUAUUUGUCAGCAAGGGUUCUGAACUAGCAUUGCAGGGAAGAGAGCUUGCUAAUCAUUUCAAGACUGAGGGAACUCCAAUUAUGAUUGGUGGAGGUAUUUUAGCUCACACGAUAUUAGGAGUGGCUUGGAAUGAGAUUACAGGGCAAAUAAAAUAUUUGAUUCUAGACCCACAUUACACUGGAGGAGAAGAUCUGCAUGCUGUUUUGGAAAAGGGCUGCUGUGGAUGGAAGGGCCCGGAGUUUUGGAACAAGGAUGCCUAUUAUAAUCUGUGCCUACCUCAACGACCAAAAGCUAUUUAAAUUCCUCUCUUGUGCUGGAACAUGCUACACCAGAAUACUAGCUGAUCUAGAUAAAACUGCCCUGUUAUUUAUCAAAAGAAUGCUUUAAGUCAAUCAAAACUCAGUUGAAAUAGAAACGUUGCUGGCGUAAUUUAAAUUAAGAAACUUUUUUUUUAAAUGAAACCUCUAGAAAUAAGAGUUAUCUGCUGUGAACUGCAUUCCUUACAAAUGCAUUUAUUAGGCAACUAAUAUCUGUUCUUUUCCCUAAUGCAAUUUAUAUUUAUAUAGCAUUUUUUGCUAUGCUAAAAUCUUUACAGAUUAAAUGCCCAAUCCUUUUAUUUUAUGGAUUUCUUUCAUGACGAAAAGAUGAACUGUCCUCUGCCUUUCAGAUUCCACACAGCCAGCUGUCUUGUGCACUGUGAAUCUGUUCAAAGGCAUCGUUUGCUGCUGGUACUGUCAAUGAUGGCCUUUUGGGAGUGGGAAAAAAAUAGCUAUAUGUACUGAAUUUUAUGAAUUCUGCUCUCAUAUUUACACAGAAAAAAAAUCAAGAGAAUUAAUUGUCACACGCUCAUUUAUUUAUAGCUGUAUGAAUACAACUAUUGGGAGGGAACCACAACAUUCUUCUGUAAGAAGUAACAAUAAACAAGCUUUCCUCCUUCUCAGAAGGAGACAAUGUCCCAGCAUACACAUCUGGCUGCUCAAUGUAUCAUCCAGUCAUGUUUCUUCAGACUUCAGAUUCCCCAUAUUUCAUGUUGGGAUUACAGGCUGUUUCUUCUGGCAGCAAGGAAACAAGAUCUGUCCUGAAUAAACAACAAUAAGUCUGUAGCUUCUACAUCAGUACACCAGUAAGAGUACCUAUUUUUUUCCCCUUUGUUAUAGUCGUUCCACUGGCAUUCCCCAUGCACUGUCCGUUUCCAAGAAGACCAUAACCUUAACUACCUAUGCAAGUUCAUCCUUACUAGCAGGCUUCUAUAUCUAACUGCUAUGUGUCUAAAACCAUUUACUUGGACGCUGAAAACAUUUAGAAAAAUAUUCUGGAUUGUAUUAAACUAACUGUGUUACACACCAUCUGAUCUUCUCCUCUUCCUGCUUAUGGAUCUGCUGGUUUUACUUUCUUGUUUCUGUGCAGUUGGAUCCUCUCUCAGCAAGCCAUGUUUGUCACUUAGCAAGUAGCUGCACCGUCCUUUCAGUUUCAUUGUCUGAGUGUGCUGAAUUGUCUUGAGGAACUUGGCACAUUCCAGAAAGCCAUAAGCAAGUGCAAGAUCUGCUGCUGUCUGUCCACUGUUGUUGCACAAGCUGAAACACAGAGUUAACAAUAACCAAUUACACUGGCAUAUAUAUUAUGAGCAACCACUGAUUAAGGGGUAUAUUUAGACAGAUGUAUAAAAACAACUACAGAAAAUCAAUAUCAAGAGGGUUUGUCAAGGAUAGCAUGGGGCUCAUACAGAGGGCUGGCAUUAAAUACAACAAUAAUUAUUUUAAAAUAAAUUUGUCAUCAGACUAGGAUUGGCUUAUAUCAGAAAGGCAAGAAGAAGAUGAACACAGCAUUGGAAUGGAAAACUAACAAGGAGAGAUUAUGAUCAGGAAUAUUCUCUCAGCAGUUAUUACAGAGGUAUUUAACAUGUAACAAAAUAACAGCAUAUGGUCCAUGCUACUUUGGUGCUUAUCUCAGUUUCUAAUACUCUUAUGCUGUAGUCAUGCUAUAUUUGCAGCCUUAGCAUGCACAUUCUGAACAAGUAGAAGUACUGUGUAAAAUACACAUCCUUUGAUGCUGUUACUGAAAUUAAUAAAUGUAACUCAGCUUACUCAA